GCACACACACACACACACACACACACACACACACAGGGUGUGCUGGAGAUCAGAGAGCGAUCCCCACAUUCACGCCUCCACUCGCUGCAGCAGAGAGCCGAAAAACACGCUCGCGCCCGCAGAAUCAGAGACACCCACAGCGCCCAGGCAAGAGAACAGAGCAGCAGAGAGAGGGAGGACAGAGACCGAAAAAGGAGAGAGAGAGAGAGAGAGAGAGAGAGAGAGAGACGAAAGGACAGAGAGAAAGCGAGAGAGGGUGGAGGAGAGAGACAGAAAAGGAGAGGGAGAGGCAGGAGGAGAGAGACAGAAAAGGAGAGCGAGAAAGGGAGAGAGACAGAAAAGGAGAGAGGGAGAGAGAAAGGGAGAGAGGAGGAGAGAGACAGAAAAGGAGAGAGGUAGAGAGAAAAAGGGAGAGUGGGAGAGAGAGAGAGAAAGGGAAAGAGGGAGAGAAAGAGAAAAAGGAGAGAGGGAGAAAGGGAGAGAGGGAGAGAGAGAGAAAGGGAAAGAGAGAGAGAGAGAGAGAAUAAGGAGAGAGGGAGAGGGAGGAGGAGGGCUGGAAGCCUGAGCGGCAGUGUCAGCAGCAGGACCCUGGAGGGAGCGUUUGGAAUGGACCUGGCUGCUCGCUGGAGGAACCCGCUGUCACCCGCCGUGCCCAAAUCAGAGGAGGAAGGGUAGAGGGUGCGCGCCGUCCCUCCGACCGACGCCGCCAGGAGCAAGGGAACCUAUCCCCGUCCCGGAUGAGGAUGAAUGGUGAUGUCCUCUAGCUGAGCUCCAAAGUGCGCGCGUUUGGCUUGGGUCGGUGACUGUCCGGGGGGGUUCGGGGGAGUUCAGGGGGGUUCGGGGUGGGGGGGUUCCGCAUGUCCGCGCGGAGGCUGGUGGCGGCGGCGGCGGCGGUGGCCCUGCUGUCCCUCAUCCUGAACAACGUGGCGGCGUUCACGCCCAGCUGGGUGGUGCAGGCACUGGAGGACGGACGCAAGCGCGCCGUGGGGCUCUGGAGGACCUGCCCUGCGGGGGAGCGCGCACGGGACGGGGCGGGCGUGGCCCUCCGCCGCCCGGGACUGAGCUGCGAGGCGCUGGGGUGGGGCUCGGACCCCGCGGGCUACCAGGAGUCCCGCAGCACCGUGAGGCUGCAGUUCGACAUGAUGCGGGCCUGUAACCUGAUGGCGACGGUAGCCCUGACGACGGGGCAGCUGAUCUUCCUGCUGGGGCUGCUGGAGCUGCCCUUCGUGGCCCAGGACUCGCAGUGGUGGGAGGAGGCCAUCGCCGCCCUCUUUCAGCUGGCCAGUUUCGUGCUUGUGAUUGGAUUGGUAACCUUCUAUCGGAUCGGACCGUUCACGCACCUGUCCUACUCCUGCUACCUGAACAUUGCCGCCUGCUUGCUGGCGACGCUCGCAGCGGCGAUACUCAUCUGGAACAUCCUGCACCAGCGGGAAGACUGCCUCGCCCCGCGCAUCGUCUUCAUCAGCCGAUCGCUGACGUCUCCGUUCGGCCCGCGCCUCGACAACGACUACGUGGAAUCGCCCUGCUGAGCACGAAGUCUCGAACCCUGCACCCAUUCCAGCAACCCACCAGCACGACGAGUCUAGCAAGCCUCAUUCGGAGUACCGUGAAUUUCAUUGUCGGGGUUUUGUUUAGUCCUUGUGUUAUCGUUGGUGUUUUUGUACUGUAGCCCAUUGCUGCACAAUGCACUCAUGGACACCAGCUGCAGUACUUCAGCGUGAUGAGAAAAUAUGGGCAAAGUUUAAGGGUCAGGUAAGGUCAAAUGAUUGAUUACUUCAUGAGUGAUUACUUCAAAAUAUUUAUCAAUUUAUCUUUAAAAUGCCACAAAACGAAUAUGCUGCUCAUGCAAUUUAGCACAGCACCACAAAACAAACAUAUAAACCAAAGGUUUUCCAAAGUUCUGGACAUAUGUUCUUUCCAGUAUGAACUCAUUGUAACUUAUAUUACAGACAGAGAACAAAUAUUUAAGAUUUCUAGAAUGAGUAUUUAUGUAAAAAAAGAAAAGAAAAAAGAAGCACAUUUUUUUUUUUCAUUUUGAUUUAGUUUACAAUAUAUUAAUUUGAGGGCUAUUUGGUACCAGACUAUAACUUUAAAGGUAAACUGUGUUCAUGUAAAUUGGCCAAGAAUUAUUGAAAAAUUGAAGUGGACAGGGAAUGAAAUGUCAACUCGUGGAUGUAUUCCCUUUUAUAACAUGCUCGCUUGUGGUACAUGUAUUAAGUAUGCCAAUUUUGUAUGGUUAUAUUAAUAUCAUAUUGUUGUUCUAUUACAUUUUUUACUUGUGUGUUUCAGUUGAGAAGUAUUUUUAACUGCUUAACAACUGGGCUGAGUGAAAAUAAUAAGUAUGUAAUAAAUGUAUGAACAUCUUUGUAUCACAAUCA